AGCGAGAGAGACGCUUCGUUUCGUCGAGGUAUGCGUCGUCUCCCUCCUCCUCCUCGAUUCCCUCCCAUCCUUUUGCAUUUUGAUCGUUGAAUUUUUCUUUUCACCUAAAGCGUUCCUGCCUGAUCAGUCAUCCUUGCAUCGUUUCGCUCCCAUGGAGUCGAGGAUUCAUCAUGGAUUCUUGGUUAUUCGGUUUUUCCCUUUCUGCAGGUUCCGCGCGCGCCACCUGUUCGACGGAACGCCCCUGUGACACCUGCCGCCACGCGCGCGCCACCGGCAACUCGAGCGUCCACGCGCACCACCUGUUCGACGGAACGCCACAGGACGGACGGGCGGGUGAUGAUGGAGCCGGCUCAUGCCCCCGGCAGAGACAGGCUCAGCGCCCUCCCGGACAACGUCCUCCGCCGCAUCAUGUCCUUCCUCAACGCGCGCCAGUCCGUGCAGACGUGCGUGCUGUCGCGGCGGUGGCGCCACCUCUGGCGCUCCCUGCCACGCAUCAACGCCGACUACACCGAGUUCUGCUUCGCCUGCUUGGAUGAGAAGAAAGAGAAGGUGCAGGAGGCGCGGUUCAAGAAGUUCGUGAGCACGCUGCUGCUACGCCGUGACCCCGUCCCCUUGCUGGACAAGUUCUGGCUCAGGUACCAGGUGUCUGACGGCAACAACAACGAGAAAGCUUCAGCAGAAGCUGGUCUGUGGAUCAGCCAUGCGUUGCAGUUGCAGACCCCGGUCGUGGAGGUUCUCACAUUUCAAUUUCCAUUGAUGCUAGACCAUGCUGUAUUUACCUCAGACUACUUGAGAAAAUUGGGCCUCUCCAAUGCUUAUCUCCGCAUGGGUUUCUUCGAGCAACUCAGCAGAGGCUGCCCACAGUUGGAAGAUGUGUUCUUGAAUGAUUGCAUCAUUCUGGAUGAUGAGAUUUCCUCAACCACUCUCAAGACUUUGAACAUCUAUGCUUCUCGGUUUUCGGAGGACUACCGUGCUUCUAUUUCUACUCCGAGCCUCACUUCUCUGACAUUGUAUAAACCUGAUGCCAGUGUACCUUCACUAAAGGACAUGAAAUCACUAGUGUCUGCUUCCAUUAUUCUCGACGAUAAUACUGAUAUCCAUGAGUUGCUCAUGAGCCUUUCUGGUGUCAGAAAUUUGGACUUGGAGUGCCCGCAGAAAAUGGUCACAAUCGCAAAAAAUACGCAAUGGUGUCCAGAAUUCAAAGAUCUUGUAAACCUGAGUCUGGGUCAGUUUUGUCUGGGCUCAAAGUUAUAUGCAUUAACUGUCUUCCUUAAGAACUCACCGAAACUAGAGAAGCUGACUCUGGACCCCCCUGAGGUAAUCAUUGAUAAGCUUGAAGAAAGAUCAUUUGAAUGUGAGCACCUUAAGAUUGUUGAAGUCAUAUGCUCGGAGGAUGAUAGUACUUUGCUCAAGCUCGUGGAGGACAUCUUUGUUACUAGUGGCAUGAACUCUCUUCAGAUUAAUCGCAAAAGCAGUUACAAGCAGUACUAUUCAGAUGAUUUUUUUCAGAUUUGAUUACGACAGUACGACUGCACAAGAACAUGCGGAAUGACAAAAGGAUCAUGCAUUCACUUGUCACUAGUCGUCAAUAUGAUCACGCUGUUUGUUGGAUGAGCCUAAGUGCAUGCAUUUCUUCAAUUAGAAUUUGAAGGCAGAUAGACAUGUUUACUGCACUCGUUUGCUGAUAUGGCUUGAGAACAAACAAGUGUGUCUUGAGUUGCAUGUAAGGUCUCAAAUUCCGACAGGGUGGUUUACUUGUUUGGAAAAUUUUCCCCAAAAAACAGUGAUAACAGAAUGUGUGGCUACUUCUGUUGAUGCUCAAAGAACAAAGUGAACUGCAUGUUACAUUACAUGUUUUCAGUAUUC